UCCUAAACACACCUAGACUCCGUCCUUAAUCCUAACAAGUGGUAUCAGAGCCAUAUUAAGGACAUUGAGAGGAGUCUACAGAAUUGUGAAGACCCUUCUAGACCCACCUUGGCCUGUGGGUGUGCCUAAGUGGUGUUCUAAAGGUUGGAUGUGUCUUCCGCUAAGGGGAAACUCUGCCGAAAUUUCGUGGACGCCGACACUUGUGAAAAUAUCAAGGGAGCUGUGUGUGGACAGCAAAGGGGAGCUGAAAUUUGUCAUUUCUCAAGGAGAAGAUGAAUGAGAGAGGAGGAGAUGCUAAUGGAAGAGGAGCUGUACCUGAGAAGACAAGUGAGCCGCCACCAUCAAAAGUUGAAGCUUUGGAUGGCUCCAAUUAUGAGGAAUGGAGCGGGCGCAUGAGGAGUGCCUUCAAACGCUACAAGCUACUGAAGAUUGCUGUUGGGAAGGAGAAGAUACCGGAAGAAGGCGAAUCACGUGAACGGUGGAUUGAGAAAAGCGCGGUGCUUUUCGAUCUCAUCCUUCAAUCGGUCAACAAGGAGAUGUUCGAACACAUCAAGGAUCUUGUGGAAGCGGAUGAUUCGGGUCCAAGGGCGUGGAAAUUACUACGCGAUGUGAUUCAGCCCAACACUCUCCCGAUGGUGAUCGUGCUCGAGAAGGAACUUGCUGCCAUCUCCAUGCGACCAGGGGACGAUGUGAAGCCGGUCCUUGACAAGAUUAAGGACACCUAUGCAAGGAUGGCAGCAGCGGGCAGCAGUGUAUCUCAGCUGCAGCAGUGCACCAAGAUCAUCUCGGUGUUGGACAAAUCUUGGGACAACCUCAUCCCCACCCUCAACUCUCAGCAAGAUCAAUGGACACCUGAGUGGCUAAGGCAGCAGAUUCUGCAGGAGGACUUCCGCAGACGCCAUGUGGGAGGUGGUGCCUCCACUAAGACUGCUGAGGGGUAUGGAGCUGCAGGGCGCGGCAGAGGAAGAGGAGGUUGGAGAGGCCAAGGCCGUGGGAGGAGCUUUGGCAGAGGUAGAGGCCGAGGUGACUAUAAUGAGGGGCAUGGGAGCUCCAGUGGCAAGGGGAGUACCAGAAUGGAGGGCACCUGCUGGUACUGCAAGAAGGUUAAGGGAGCUAACGGGGAGCUUGUGGGGCUUGGAAAUGUUCUGCUGGUUGAAGGUUUGUCUGCUAACCUUCUCUCUGUGCGACGACUGCAGAAGAGCAAGGCCGAAGUGACCUUUGGACCAACCAGCUGCCGUGCUAAGCUUGGGAAGAAGGUGCUGUGGAGUCUGGAAGAGGAGAACAGCUGCAUCAAGGACCUGUGGCAGCUGCCCAUCAUCCCUUGGAAUGGGAAGACUCCAACAGCAGCAACGGCAGCAGCGGCAAAGGCAACAGCUGGAGGAGAUGCAACUGCACCAACUGAUGGGGUCCUGGAAGCAGUCAAGAAAGUGUAGCAGCAGCAGAUACAUGGUGAGGUGCUUGCUGGUGUGGAUGCGAGUGCGGCAUGGGCUAAGGCUUCAUUAAGGAGUGGAGAGGCCGAUUGGGAGACAUGGCAUGAGAGGCUGUGUCAUGUGAACUUCCCUAUGCUGCAGAAGUUGGUGAAGGAUGGGAGCCUGAAGGGCUUGGAGGUGAAAGGGGGAAUGAAGGAGAUUGGGAGCU